AACGUCUAGCAUAAUUUUAAUGAAUGGUACUACGGUGUGUUGCUUGUGACCCACAGAUGAAGGUAAAACUACRMGUGGAGUAAGACAAGGAUAAAGAAGAUGAACGGUUUUAUGCUGACCUUCCGCCUUAUCUUUCCUUUGAUCGGUCUUCAAAUGUGUAUUAAGUUUUCAGAUGGGUUCAGUUGGAUUUUACAACCUUCGCAAAGGACGAGAAAACUUGUCGGUUCUGCUGUUCACAUCAAUUGCUAUUACGAAUGUAAUGACUUUGGUUCCUCUAGAAUCUAUUACAACAAUAGACAUCUAUUCUCUCGACACCGAAAUCAACCAAAUUAUUCACCAUUGAAAAAUGGAAUUCCUCAUUUCUCUGUUAUUGGUGGAUCAAAUGUAACAAUUAUCAUCCCUGAUGUUGAUAAAAAUGAAAGUGGAUCAUAUUGCUGUGUGGUUGAAUGUGAAAAUGAAGGACAUACUACAUGCACAUUUCUCGUCAUAUAUGCUUUACCUCGUAUCAAGAAUCUAACCUUGCACCUUUCUGGUAAACAAGGAGAAUCAAUAACAUUAAGAUGUGAUGCCUCUGGAGAUCCAGCGCCCAAUUAUACAUGGAUAAGCAAGGAAACGAACAGAACAAUAGCUAAUUCCGGUGUGACGUCAAUCAGCAUUACUGGUAAAGCAUCAGGAGGAAAGUACUGCUGUCACGUGUCAAACGGUUUUGGGGAGGAGACUAAUUGUACGUCUGUUAAAGUAACAGAAUAUCAACCAAUAAAUUCAAAGCUGACAUCGGAUAUGAAAUUUGCAACAGCAAAUAAAACAUUUGAAGUAUUCUGUAAUGCAGACGCAUCUCCGCCAGCAAAUUACUCCAUCAAACAAGGAAAUAUAACAAUGGUAAAUUCGUUUGAUGGUAAUGUCACAAUUACUACACCAAAUAAUGGAACGUAUCUUGCUAUCGGCUGUAUUGCGAAGAACAAAUAUGGGCAAGAAAGAGCAAAUUCCCUCACAAUACCGAUCUAUCAACCACCAACAAUAGUACAUCAUCCAAACCCUCGAAUUACAAUAGAGAACGAUAGCAUUACACUGCAAUGCAAAGCCACAGGGACCCCAAGACCAAAUAUUACUUGGUAUGACAAAAUAAGAAAUAAAACCGUUGAAGCGGCAAAUGGAACGUUGCUUGUACAAAGCGAAGAUUGUAAAAAUAAUACGUUUAAGUACUCCUGUAUGGCUUUGAAUUUUAUUACACACGUUGAAAGUCCUUCAAUAACGGUAGAAGCUUUUCAACGCAAAUCCGUUUCAUUUUGCAAGAAAAUAGGAAGUAAAAAUAAUGACGAAUUCAUUCUUCAUUCUGGUCCUGAUUGGCUACUCAUAAUCAUAGUGGUCGUUUGCUCUCUGGUCACGGUUGCGUUAAUACUGGCUUUUAUUCUCUUUUCAAGAAAACGGAAAAAGUCAAAACGUGACAUCGAUAAGGGUACACUAUCUAUACCCGYUAAACCGUAAGUUCUGACAAUUUCUACUUCUUAUAAGUACAUGACGUUAUGUAAUAGUAAAGAACUGACUGUUUUUUAGAACAAUCAAUGGUUCUGACUAGGACAACAGCCAAUCGAAUCAUGAAUUGUUAACACAACGGUCACCUACAAACCUCCAUUUUUCCUGGCAGAAAAAAAGCGCAUUGCAUAGCAUUACAUUGCUUCCUGUCCUCGCAGUGCAUUGUAGUUGACUAGUUUUCUUCAAUUUUCAAAAACUUUUAUUUUUAUUUGGUUCAUCGAUUACUUAGGUUUCAUUGGUUGGCGACUAAUUGGUUAAUCACUUGAUUAAAAAUGGACCCUUUUUAUUAGGAUAAUGCAUCGUGAAUGCGAGGAUAACGUCAUGGAAAUACAAAAGAAAUGCCACAAAUUCAAAAGAGAAAAAGGUUGAUUUCUUUUGUAUUUUUAUGUUAGCCUCACAUUCACGAUGCUUUUGAGAAAGGUCCACUCAGGCAUUGGUUGAUUUGAUUGACGAAUAGUUAGUUAUGAUGGUUACUAUUUUUAUAUUGACUCCUUAUAUAAAACACACGACUUUGUUAGAAGGCAAAAUCAGUCGAUGGAGGAGAGUCCGUAUGGAGAACCAGUUGAUGCAAUACGUGUGAGAAGCGUAAUUAACAUAUCUGCAAGCAAUGCUGAUUAUGCCACCGUGGAAGAGACUGGGUACAAACCGGCAAUCACUUCUAACACAGUACAACAACCAACACGUGGUGAGACAACCAAUUCGAAAAAAGUGAAA